AUGGAGGCUGCUCGUAGCACUUUGAACGCUCCCAAAUGGUUCUACAAAGGCGAAGAUCAUCAAAUUCAUGGACCGUAUUCAUCGACCGAGAUGCUGAGGUGGCAUCGAGCCGGUUACUUUGCCGAUUCAAUGCCUUUACGUACGGCAAGUGAGGAUCGCUUCCAUAGCCUCGCCGAAUGGACCCAAUAUGCGAAUGGUCACAGUCCUUUCCUGUCUCUGGUGAACACCUUCGAUCAGCUGAUGAACCUCUCGAUGGGUAUGCAUCUCUCGCAACUGAUCCUCACGCCGGCGUUUGUCUCUCCGCCGCCGAACGCAUUCGUUGUUGUACCUCCGUCGAGCACCACCCAGACGCUAUCCCCGCCAACGACGGCCGUCUCUCUCGCCCCUUUCUCGUCCGCUGUUCCGAAUGCGGCAAAUUUCAUCUCGCCAAGUGCUGCUGCGGCUGCGGCCUAUCGUCAUGCGACAGCGCAAAAUCCUCAUCAUCCCUUAAUGCUUCAUUCUGGAGGUUGUGCCCAACUAGCCACUGCCUAUCAGAAUGCUGCAAAUCAACAGCUGCUGAACAACACGGCCACAUUCUCGCAACCACCAUCUGAGCCUGUCGAUGAGAUGCCUUCAACAACCAGCAACACUCCAGACGACACGGAUUGUGGCUGGAUUGUGAGCAAUUGUGUUAGGAGUACGGUCAGCUUUGCUCAGUUAUCGUUGCUUUCAAAUAGUCAGCAGGAUGUCACUAUCAGUAAUUCGCUGAUACAACUCACAAAUGUUACCAGUUCAUUUUGGCAGUCAGUGCGGAUUGUAGUCGAAAUUUAUGUUUAUGGAAUGGUAUCGAAAUGUGUAGGGACCGAGGAGGCACCAUGGUGCGAUAAGCGUGAUCAGGGAAGCGAUCCUGUGGCUGUUAUUACGAUGGGUCGGGAUGUUGCCAUUCAAACCUCCAACCGGAAGGUGAGCUCUUCGCUACUCAUUAUUAUCACGACUAAUGAUGUCGGAAUAUCGGCAAGGAUACCUCCUUUCUUGGACAGAUAUGCGUAUCGGAUGCAGCACGACUACUUAGCGAAUUAUUUAACGAAACCGUUGAAAUAG